GCUGGAGUGAAAGGGACGUUAGGAAGAUUAGUGGGAAUUUUCGAGAACCGCGACAGGAAGCACAGGACAUAUGUUUACGUUCUUAUCGUCACGGAAGUGUUGGAGGACUGGGAGGACUCUGUCAAUAUUGGAAGGAAAAGGGAAUGGUUUAAGAUCGAAGAUGCCAUAAAAGUUCUGCAGUAUCACAAACCAGUGCAGGCCUCAUACUUUGAGACGUUGAGGCAAGGCUGUCUGGCCAACAACGGCACUCCGGUGAUGAGCACGCCGUACUCCGAGAGCUCCGUGUCCGACAUCAGAUGA